AUGGGAGAAGAAGACAUUGAAGAAUAUGAUGGUAUAGAAAUCCUCCAAAUCUACAACUUCACCACAACAUCCGAAACCCUAGAAGCCAGUCCAUCCGCUAAAUUCACGGAUUGCGACGUGUUCGACGGACGAUGGGUGGAAGAUGACUCCAGGUACCCAAUCUACAACUCGACAGAUUGUCCAUUUGCCGAGAGAGGUUUUAGUUGCUUUGAAAAUGGGAGAAAGGACAAGGAGUACUUGAGAUGGCAAUGGAAGCCAAAGAAGUGUGAGAUUCCGAGGUUCGACGCCGAAAAAGCGUUGGAGAUGUUGAGGGGGAAGCGUGUCGUGUUUGUGGGGGAUUCGUUGAGUCGAACGCAAUGGGAAUCAUGGAUAUGCAUGUUGAUGGAGGGAGUGAAGAAGAAGGAAAGUGUAUACGAAAUCAAUGGGAGUCAAAUAACAAAAACUAUUAGACAUUUGGGAGUGAAGUUUAUGGAUCAUAAUAUCACUGUGGAUUUCUAUAGAUCGGUGUUUUUGAUGAACAAGACUUAUAACGUACCUGCGGGUGCACCUAAAAACGUUAGGAUGACCGUUCGAUUGGAUUUGGUGGAUGAUAUUAGUGAUCAAUGGAUUGAUUCAGAUUUGUUGGUUUUUAAUACCGGAGGUUGGUGGACUCAAAAUCGUCUUUUCAAUGAGAUGAGAUGUUUCUUCCAAAUAGGGAACUCAUUGGAAUUCGGAAUAUCGGUGAUUGAUGGGUACAAGAUGGCAUUAAAUACUUGGGCUGAUUGGGCAGAAGCUAAUAUCAACCCCAAUAGAACUACCGUUUUCUUUCGCACUAUUGAGUCUACUCAUUGGAGAGGUCCUAAUCAAUGUGAUGUGAGUGAAAAACCAUUAAAUGAAACAAAAGGGAAAGAGAAGAGUGAAAAAUCAGACAUAAUAAUGGAGGUUUUGGAGAAGAAGAUGAAGAGAGUUCCGGUGAAAAUUAUGCAUUUAACACCAAUGGGAUCUUAUAGAAGUGAUGCUCAUGCUGAGUCCAACCCUAAUCUUCAACCUUCUUCCUCCAGCAUCCCAGAAAAUUCCUCUUCAAACAUCAAUCCCACUCCAACUCCACCUUCCGUCAUUGCCCUAUAUGAAAACUCAUGCUACCUUCAUCACUCUAACAACACCAAUCUAAUCCUUGUAUCUGAUCUCCUCAUCGAAUCAAACUAUACUUCUUGGAAUUGUGCCUUCCUUCUUGGCCUCACCGUGAAAAUUAAAGUUUACUUCAUUGAUGUAACUCUAACAUGCCCCAUAGAUGCCCUUCGAAGUUCUUGGAUCAUUUGCAACAGUAUCGUCACCACCUGGAUUUUGAACUCAGUUUCAAAGCUAUCUCUACAUUGCCUCGAGUAA